AAUAGGAAAUUUGUGAAGCUAAAGAUACAACUCCAUGAAGCAUUAGUUCCAAUUUCAGGGUUUUAGGUUUUACAGAGCUGCCAUGGAAGAAGCUGAAGCUGAAGCUGUAUUGGGAGAUGGAGGACAAAAUCUGAGGAUACGAGGUAGACAUAUCAAGAAAAGAGCCCUCAAGAACAAAGCCCUAACUGUUUCUUUCGAUGAAAAAGACCUCAAGGAUUUUGUUACUGGGUUUCAUAAGAGAAAGAAGAAGAGAAGAAAAGAUGCCCAAGUUCAAUUGGAACAAGCCCUACGGAGAAAACGUAUUGAGGCUCGUAAAAAGAGAAAGGAGGAGAGAGAGUUUGCCAUCUUUGGUGGAGCAGCGCCUGAUUCAGCUGCUGUAACUGAUGAGCCCGAUGAGGACCUCGACGUCGAAGAGGAAAAUGAGCCUAAUGCAACAGUUUCAGGGACUACGACAUAUGACAAUGGCGAUGUGCAAGUCAUCGUGACAACAAGUGAGAUCUCUCGUGAAGAAGAAGAAUCCCCAGCUCAAGUGCCACCACCAUCAGCAAUAGUUAAACAUGCUAUAGAAAGUAAAAACAGCAAACAAAACAUUCCGGUAAGCAAGAAGAAACCAUUCAAGAAAUCUGCGAAAAAGAGAUCUCGGCCCAAGCCACAGAGCAAGAGAGAUAAGAGGAAAGGUAAAAAGAAGAACAAGAAGCAGCAGCAGUAGCAUUGUUAUUUCUUUAACCUUAGCACCUCCCCCUUCAUAUGAAAAAAAGAGAGAAAAAAAUGUUUCAUCCGUGGCGUGGCGCCUAUUUUAUUUAUCGCGGAUAUUUUAGCAUAUAGUAUUUUAAUUUAUUUACUAAGGUUUGUUCACAAUGAUUCCUGGCCGGAUUAUUUUUCUCAAUUGAUUAUUUGUGUAAUCUUUGCAUUUGAAA